AUGGCCGCCGCCGCCACCGACACCCCCACCCCAGCCGGCGGUGAUCCCCGCCCUGGACAUCUCUCCCGGUCGCAGGAAGAUCGGCGUAAGGAGGAGGAAGGAUCGGAUGAAUCGGAGGAAGAGGAGGUGGAGAGCGACGAUGGUGAGGAGUCGGAUGUCGACAGCCUCGCGGGCCUCUGCGACCUCGACGCGGGCUCCGACGAGGACCCCACCUUCGACCCGGGCGCCGACGGGGACCUGGAGGUGGAGGCUGUGCUGCGGGCCAGGAUGAGCAGGAUGUCCAUCUCGGCCUCGGCGCGCAAGGGCAGGAAAGGGUCAGCGGUGCCGAAGAUGGGAAAGGAGGAGACUGACCUUCUGGCCAUGGUGGACAAGCUCAUGCAGGAUGGUCAGCUGGAAAAAUUGAAGGUUUAUGAAUGUAAAGCAUAUUUGCGGAUGCACAAAUUAAGGUUGACAGGCAAGAAGGAAGUGCUCCUAAAUCGAAUAAGAGAGCAUAUAGAGGUGAAAAAUGAUGGAGAGGUGAAGUAUCCAGUGUCAAGCUUUGUUCUGAACUGUAAAGGUGAUGCAUGCAAAGGAGAUGUUGUGAUGUUUGAGCAGAACAUUUACAAAAGGGAAAAGGGAGCUCCUCGUGAAGUUAAGGGUCGCUUAUGUGGACAAAGGACCAAUGCCGGUAGAAUAAUAAAGGAAAGCUAUGGCACAGCAAAGCAACAGCAUACGUUCACUAUUGAGAUUUUAUGGAGUAAAGGAUACAAACCGUGGCCUCCCCUUCAUCCGCUCCUCAUCAAGGGAAGAAAUCUUUACAAGGAUAGGACUAUGAGACAGCCAUGGCCUGAUGAAGAAGAAAGAAAUAGGGUCAUCCAAGAAAAACAUGAAAGAGGGUUCUUGGCACGCAAGUCAAGAGCAGCCAGGAUUCAUGAAAAAGAGACUGAAAGGUUGGCAAGAUUAAAUAGGAUGAAGGACAAUAAGAUAAAAAAACAGUGGAACGUGAACCAAAAACAGCCACAAGAGCCACAACAAAAGGUUGAGUCCACGAAUAAUGUUAAGCAAAGGGUUAAUGGGAGGAAAGGCCCUUCCUUCCAAAAUGGUGAACCUGGGAAUACAAGGCAGCAACAUGUAUCUUCAAAGGCUACUUCUACACAUCACAAUGAAUUGCUCCCACAGAAGGGUUCGGCAAGAACUUUCAAGCCAGAGCUCAUCGAUUAUCAGGUCUCUUCCAUUCAAUAUGGAGGAAUGCAGCAAAAACUACUUUCAAAUCCCACUCAUACUCAGCAAUUGUUCAAGAACUCAAGUCCUCACCAAAGUUUUCAACAAGAAGAUGAUGCCCUGACACAGGAGGGUGCAAUUAGAACUUCCAGGAAAGCAUUCAUAGAUCAUCAUGUCCCUUCCCAACACAAUAAAGGAUCAGGGAACACAAGCCAUCACCAAAUAUCUUCAAAGCCCACUCCAAUUUUCAAGCCACGACAGGUCCCCAAACAUCAAGGCAAGAAUGAAGCGGAUGGUUUGAGAAAAACUUGCAGAGAACAAUUGUUUGAUCAUCAGAGUAACACUUGCCAUGCCACAGAAUAUGAUAACUCUCCAUUCCAACCUCAAGGUAAGUUCGCUCAGCAUGCAAGUGUACACCAGCAUGGCUCCAAUUAUCACCAGAAUGCCCAUGGUGGUCGUCAGGCACAUCAACCCUACAGACCAAAAAAUCAGGAUCAGAAUAGUACUUACUGUGACACAGAAUAUAUUGACCCCUCGUUCCAGCCCAGAGGAGAGUUUAAUCAGCAUGCAAAUGCAUACCAGCGUCACUCCAAUUCUCAUAAAAAUGCCCAAGCUCAUCACCAAGUGCAUGAACCCUUCAGACCAAGAAAUCAGGAUUUCAAUUCAAGCGACCAAUUUUUUGGCCAGGAUUACCACCAAGGUUACCAUGAUUACAGUGGAAUGACUCGUGGCCAGUAUCAUCCUCAACAGAGUCAGCAUCAAAAUUAUUACGGCCGCAGGCCCAUGACUCAAGGCCAAGGGACCCAACAGAACCAUCAUCAGAACUACAAUGGUCGCAGGAAAAUGAUCCAAAACCAGUAUAAUUCUAGACAGAACCAACCUAAUCAGCAGUUUCCAGAACAGCGACUGCAACCACGGCCUUGCCACUACUACUAUCAACAGGGAUGGUGUCGCUAUGGGGAAGGCUGCUGGUAUUCCCAUGACGUCUGA